AUGACGGUCUUGGAUUCCAGCGAUGACUGCCAUUUGUUCACAGAUGUGUUUGGCCGCUUGCUGCAGUUGUUACUGGCUUGCAUUGCCAUCUUCAUGCUCUACAUCAAGCGCAAACUCGAGUUUCCCAUUCGUCCCAUUAAAGUCUGGGCGAUGGACGUGAGUAAGCAGUCUCUGGGUGCGUUGUACAUUCACUGCGUCAGUGUCAUCUUGUCCAUCGUAAUGGUUGCUGCGUCGACUGAAAACUACGAUGAGUGUGGAAUAUAUUUUGUCAACUAUGUGCUCGAUACGACAUGGGGUGGCUUCAUUAUGAUAGUUUUCCUGCGUAUGAUCGAUAAUGUGGCUGCGCGAUUCGGACUCCUGGACAUCGCACGCUGUGGUGAUUAUGGUGAUCCACCACAGAUGCGAAUUUGGUGGACGCAGUUCUUCGCUUAUCUUACAGCGCUCACACUCAUGAAGAUGGUCGACGUGUUAAUUCUCUGGGCCUUCUUCCCGGACAUUGCGUACUUUUCCACGAGGUUGUUUUCGGCUUUCAAGCACCAUCGACACUUGGAAUUGUCUCUCGUGAUGCUGGUGAUCCCAGGAUGCUGCACGUCCGUUCAAUUCUGGAUCGUGGAUUCGUAUCUGAAAAGUGAUGAUAACCAGCUCAAAUUUAUCGCCGACAACAGUGAGAAGCGAUGGAUUAGUCAAGACGUUGUUGGUUUACCACCACCACCUCUAUCUCAAGGUGAUGAGUCUGUCAAAAGUGUGAGUCCGCUUUAA